AUGAGUGUAGAAAUUUUGGAUGGUGCCACCAUUGUUAACUUCCUUCAGGAUGAAGAAGCAUUUAAUAUCUCAGUACGUAACCGGUUUGUCCACCUUGACACAGACAAUGAUGGCCUUCUCUCCUAUGGAGAGAUGUUGAAAGAGCUCCAAAGCCUGAGAGUUUUGGAAAAGCACUUCGGCAUUGAUGUGGAGCCAGACCCAGAUGAGCUUGCUCGUGUUUAUGAAUCCAUGUUCAUACAAUUCGAUCACAACUUGAAUGGCACGGUUGACCUGGAAGAGUUCAAGAAGGAAACCAAGCAGAUUAUGCUCGCCAUGGCAGAUGGAUUGGGUUUCUUGCCAGUUCAGAUGGUCCUGGAAGAAGACAGCAUGCUGAAAAAAGCCGUUGAAAGAGAGUCCAAUAAAGUGGCUGCUUAA